AUGGGUUACAAAUGGACGGUGGAACCUCAAAACCCAGCCCCAAAACUCGCCAAUAUUAGAACACACUAUCCUCUUCCUUUCCCUUAUUCCUCUCUCCCUUCCAUUCAUUACCCCACCCUAAUCCAUUCCCACCCCCUCACGGCGAGGCAGCGCAAGGUGGCCCCCCUUGCAGCCGCCGCCGCCGCCGCACCACCAGCCAUGACCGACCACCACCAUCACACCAGGUUCUCCUCCUCCUCCUCUUCUUCUUCUUCUUGUAUUUCGUCGCCGCCAAGCGAGUCGGACGAGGAGUUGCAGCACAUGCCACUGGCGCCGCCGCUGUGGAGGAACCGGAAGAGGCUGUCGAAGCAGCUGUCGAUGUGCGAGAAGCCGAGGGACAUUGCGUGGGAGAGGAGGCGCAUGCAGGAGCGGCGAAGGAGCUCCACCGUGUGCGAUGAUCUGACCGAUGAGGACCUGAAUGAGCUUAAAGGGUGCAUAGAACUUGGCUUUGGAUUCAACGAAGAAGAUGGUCAGAGACUCUGUAACACCUUGCCUGCACUCGACCUUUAUUUCGCUGUUAACCGUAGGUUGUCCCCCAGCCCCGUCUCCACCCCUCAGAGCGCCUCUUCCCUCGGAGGCCGUUCUUCUUCUUUCGGAAGCCCCAGGAGCGACUCUGACUCCUGGAAAAUUUGUAGCCCAGGGGAUGACCCUGAACAUGUGAAGACCAAGUUAAGGCACUGGGCUCAAGCCGUUGCUUGUUCUGUGAUGCAGUCUUAUUGAGAGAAAGUGAGGGGUGUCUUGUACAGAUCGAGAUAGGAAGAAAAAAUUAAGAUAAUUAAGAAACCAUGGAAAAGAGGAGGCUGGGGUUAAAGUACAAUUGGAUUGUUCCUUCUGGGGAUUUUCGUUGGAGACUAACUAUUUGAAUGGUUGGAUUUAAUUGGAACCAAAUUGGAAGUUGGUUUGAGCAAAAUGGUCUAACCAAUUAAUCACCCCAAUUUUCUUCGUCUUUUUUUUUUUUCCCUCUCUUCACAAGUUGUUUAAUAUAAAUCACAAAUUGUCUUCCGCAGGGUCUGUUAAUUCGUAUAGCAAUUUUUGGGUCAUAUGGUAAAAUACAAUAGAAUACGGGGGUAUGGGCUCUCCUUUCCAUAUAUUGUCAAGAUAUACUCAAGAGACGUCACACACCUAUCAUGAGUAGAUGUGAGUGUUCUACCCAUCUUUAGCUUAGGACAUCCUUUGACUCGCCGUGACUUGAUUGUAAUAAUACAUAUAUAAAGAGAAGAAGUCUCAUUGCAAAAUGUAAUUUCUAUUUGUUUCACUCUCA